AUGGCUCGACGACGACCAAAUCCAUUGCAUGACCCACUUGAAUAUGCCACGCCACAGCUUCGAACAGGACCACCGAUCACAUAUUCUACAGCCCAACGCGUCCUUCGUGGUUAUGAUUAUGUCAUUGUUGGUGCUGGUGCGGCCGGCUGCGUCCUUGCCAGUAAGCUUUCUGAAGACAAGAACAUCUCCGUCCUUUUGCUAGAGGCCGGUGGUGACAACACAAAAAUCUUGGAGGCCAAAGUUCCUCUCAUGUUUCCGAAGUUGUUCCAUACAGAACAUGACUGGGAUUACUACACGGAGGAGCAGCCUGGCUUAGCGGCACGACAGCUGUACUGGCCUCGUGGACGUGUCCUUGGGGGCUGCACUUCUCUUAACGCCAUGAUGUACCACCAUUGCUCCCCGUCUGAUUUCGAUGAGUGGGUUUCUAUUCAUGGAUGUGAGGGUUGGGGCUAUCAUGAUAUUUUGCCAUACCUGAAACGCAUGGAGAAGUUCACCCCUAACUCGUCACGCCCUGCAAUUGAUAUUCAAAAGCGAGGGUCUUUGGGAGAAUGGCACACUGGUUAUGCAUGGCUAUCCGAGAUUGUCGAUAAAGGAUUCGUACCUGCAUGUCAAGAAGCGGGUAUUCCUCCAGUCGCCGAUGUCAAUACCCCGGCCGGUUCGCUAGGCGUCACUCGGUUCCAAACAUUUAUUGAUCCUAAGGGUCAGCGCUCUUCAUUCGCCACGGCGUACCUCUCAAUAGACGUCAUGAAACGGCCUAAUCUCCAUGUUGCAUGUCAUGCCCACGCCACGCGUGUACUUUUUGACCGCAUCACUACCGACAGCCCUAGGGCAAUCGGUGUCGAGUUUCAGACCAAACAAGGCGGCGAUCGCUUUCAGGUACAUGCACGAGAAGAGGUCAUUCUUGCGGGUGGAGCUGUUAAUACCCCUCAGCUAUUGUUGCUGAGCGGUAUUGGUCCAGUCGGCGAACUCAAACGUCAUGGAAUUCCAGUCCUCGUCGAGAAUCCUGCGGUGGGAGAAAACAUGAAAGAUCACCUCUGUACGACUCCGGUAAUCUGCAAGGCGAAGGCGGGUAAAACGCUGGACUAUCUCUCAAGCAACAUCAAAGCAAUGCCAGCUCUUCUCCAGUGGCUGCUUUUUGGAAGCGGCCCUCUGACCAGCAAUGUCGGAGAGGCAGCUGCGUUUAUCAGAUCAACUGAUUACGAGAAUCUUGGGUCCACAAGCUGCCUGCCAAAAGAUAAUACAUCUGGUCGGGAUGCCCCAGAUUUAGAAAUCAUUGGAGCUCCAUUAGCUUUCGUUAAUCACGGCGAAGAGAGGCCAAUUGAUGGUAGCAGUGUCUUCAGCCUUGUCCCUAUUGGCCUUCGUCCACACAGCCGGGGUACGAUUACACUUCGCAGUAAGGACGCGUUUGACCCACCAAUCAUCGAUCCGAAAUACCUGUCUGAUGAAGGUGACAAUGACAGAAAUGUUCUUUUGACGGGUCUGCGUGUUUGUCUUAAAAUAAUGCGAAGUCCAGCUUUCCAAAAUUUCUUUGAGGCCGUUCCAGUCAAUGACGAGUUUAUCUCUUCUUGGUGGCCUUUCUCGAGUGGCAACAUCGAGUGCAUCUCAGAUGAGGAUCUCAUCCGGUUCAUGAAGGAGAAGGCUUUCACUCUUUACCACCCAGUUGGUUCGGCGCGCAUGGGCCCUACGCCAGCGUCGAGUGUAGUCGACUUGCAAUGUCGGGUACAUGGUAUUAGAGGACUCCGAAUUAUGGAUGCAAGUGUCUUCCCUGAGCAGAUCAGCGGACAUCCGACUGCGCCUAUUGGUGCGAUGGCGUUUAAGCUAAGUGACAUGAUCAAGCAAAGCCGAGGAAGAGGCGCACAGAUAUGUGCAAACCUAUGA